UUUUAUAAGACGGGAUGAUAUUUGAUAUUUAUUCUACUAUCAGCCCAAGUGUUAUGUGACUUUUAGACGAAAUUGAAUCGCAGAUUGUGAUAGCACAGUAGACUAGAUAAAAUCAGUGUGUGGAAUAAAGCAACAUGUGUGGAGGAUUUACUUGUUCUAAAAACGCUUUAAUCGCGUUAAAUAUUCUAUAUGUUGUGGUUGCUUCUAUCCUGAUAUCCGUUGCUGUGUAUGGGCAAGCAUCGGCGCUGGUCACAAAUUUGCCCAUAGUUGGAGGCAUACUGGCAUGUGGCGUAUUUCUUAUACUUAUCUCUCUACUGGGAUUGGCUGGUGCUGUGAAACAUCACCAAGUUAUGCUUUUCUUCUACAUGGUGAUUCUGUUCCUGCUAUUCCUUGUACAGUUUUCGGUAGCAUGUGCAUGCCUUGCUGUGAACUCUGAUCAACAGCAACUUAUGGCUCAAGAGGGCUGGAAUACGGUAAAUAUGGAUGUGAAAGAAGAAGUUCAAAAAAGAUACAAAUGCUGUAGCUUCCAGAGUAGAAUUGUGCCCCCUAAUGGAACUGCUGACUUUCCUGCAUGCAGUGCUAUUGAUAGAAUUUGCUGUUCAAACAUGGAGGUGACACCUGAGUGUUGGUGCCAACCGUGCAUGGAGAAUCUUAAAGAGACCAUUGACAGUGCUUUCAAACUAUGUGGUGGCAUUGGACUUUUCUUCAGUUUUACUGAGCUCUUCGCAGUUUGGCUCGCCCGACGGUACCGCAACCAACCUGACCCCAAUUACAUAGAACCACAUGCUAUAUUUCCCAGGAAGAAUUAUCUAUAUUAAACAAAUUUGCGUUAGAUAUAUUUUAGAUAGAGUUAAGUCUCAAAAAUAGUUAAAUAGUUCAAUUUUAUUAUAGUUGUUCUUAUUAUCAUAAUAGGUACGCAUAUAGCAGGGUUAACUGCGAGUUUAGUUCACGAAAUGUCAAACAUAUAAACAACAAUAUUCGGCUGACGGAGUUGAUAUUUUGACACUUAUUUAAAUAUUCAUCGAACGCUAUCAUAAAAAAGUCAUAGAUAAAGGUAAAAUUAACAAAAUCGUGAUCGAGGAAUUUGCUCAAUAAAAUGUAAGUUACGGGAUAAUGAUGUUAGAAUGCUUUGUUUAUAUGUUUGGCUAUUUCGAAACAAAUCUAUUUUAAGUAUAAAUGCAUUGUUACAGAAAACAUUCAUAAAAAGGCUUUAAUUUGUAUCACUGAUGUAAGACAUGGCCUAACGGAGCACUCACCUCGCGCAACACUGUGAAGGUUAAAUAUUUCUUUAGAAAGUUAUUUCAUUUUGUAUUGCUCCGUGCAUAUUGUUAUUAUGAAUUGAUCAGACGACUUCUAUUGUAUCAGAUGUAAUGAUUUUCUUUUGCAAUAAAACGCAAUUUAUUGACCUCAAAGCCUGGGUAUCCACUUGGUUAAAAAAAUCCGGAGCGCUUAAUACGUUCUCAAAGUGCUUAUCAUGUAAUAGUUGUUCGAAUCGGUGUUGAGUUUUCAAUUGACUACCAGUGAUGCUAUGUGUGUGGAACGGGUAUCCAGUAGGAUCGGAAAAAUACGAAUUAACAUCAAGGUUUAUGAUCGUAUAAAAUUUUGUUUCAAAUGGCGUUGGGUUUUCGGCGACUACCAAUGGAUAUGUGUGCGGGACGCUUAUGUAGGGCCUUCAUUAGCAUCAGAAAUCCGGAGUUAUCUGUAUGUUCCUGAAGGAGAAACGAUCGUCCGUUACGUACUGGUUCGCGAACAUAGUGGUGAUCUACAUAUAGACACGGGAUUUUUGCCGCAAUGGUUUCAAUUAAAAAUUGUCAAUAAUGGACGCAGGAUAUUAAUAAAGCUUAUAAAUGACUGCAGUAGCAUUGCACUACCCUCAGUGUAACUUACCCAGUCAACAAUAGCUUAUGAGUGUUCAAACUUUUCGUUUGAUACUCCUUAUAAAAUCACAGAUUUAAGCUAAUGUGUAAUAAAGAACCGGUGGUUGAGUCACAACAAACAGACUGACUCGACGUUUCAAAAGUGCUUAUAAACUUAGCCUACUUGAAAUAAAUGAAUUUUGAAUUACGUCUCAUCGUCGUAAAUCAUAGUUUAUACGAAGCCAGCGUCAGUCUAGCGGGAAUAGAGCGCCUGGAUAUUUUUGUGAUCAGUGACCUCCGCCCGUGGUUCCGCGACAGCAUUGCCAACACUCCAAUCGCUGUUUUGUAUUCUUAGAGUGCAUUUUCUCGUCAAUUCAUUUUCUGUUAACGUCAAACGUGUGCAAACCACAAGAAAAAUCCAGGAAGGACUGUCCUCCUCUAAACAACUAGGGUCGGGCUAGCGGUUUCUUUUCUGUGAAACUGGCUUUGUGUAAACCAUGCUUAAGAGUAAGUGUGCAUACGGUCGACCUAACGUCAACUUUUGAAAAAAAAUGUGUUUUUUUAAUCUUUACGCGUGGACUAUAAAUUCAGAAAAGAUGGCUUUGUUAACACAAGGGUCAUUGAGCGUUUUAGAAGUACUGUUGUACACAGAUCUCGAAACAAAUUUAUAAAUUAAAUAAUUGUAGACAAUUGCGAUCCCUUUUAUUGUUUUCUUUGUGGAAAAAGACAACACCUUUUUUAAACUUGUCAAAUUUGUUAAGUUUAGUGUAAAAAAUAAUUGCCAUGAUUACUUGUCUUUUAUAACGACUGCAAUUGUACCUACCUAUGUGAAAAACGAUGUCUUACUUAAACGGCUUUAACAUUUAAAUAUUCUCAUAUUUGUCUAAGAAUGUUUGAAGGCUUGACUUCCAAUGUAGCUAGAAAUAUGUGUGUAUGUUAUACUAUAUCAAGUGUGUUAUGGAUCCCCCGUUUUAAUGUGUGUUUAAUAAUAUAACGAGUAUAAUUUAUUACCGUUUAAAAAAUAUUUAUUGUCGCCAGUGUGUAAAUAUUAAUUUCUGAGUAAACUAUUUCUUAGAUAUAGUCAUAUGUGCUGUGUUUUAGUAGGUUUUAGUAAAGAAUAGGACUGUGAGUGACCUUCCUAAGCAUUUCCAAAUAAUUCUAUUAUUUUUUGUGUGUUUCAUUUACUAGUCAAUAACGUACUGAGUUGUUAUUCCAUGCUCUACUUUGCACGCAUUUUAAGUAUCUAUUGGGAUGAUUCGUAUAUUUUGUAAAAAAAACUAUCGGCACUAUUUUUAUCCGUGAGGUGUUAUUACGUAUAGUAUCCGCACUACCUUGCAGAAGGAGAUAAUUUCUGAGAGUACUUGGAAAUUUGUCUUAGUGUCAGGCUCGAAUCUUAAUUCCUAGCUUAGACAUGUAAUAGCAUAAUAUCAAUUACCAAAUUAUGUAACUUACGGUAAUGUUAAGACAGUUAAAGAGAAAGAGAGACCCAAUUUGUAUACUAAAAAAUCAAAGUUACGUUUUCCUAACAAUUUUGUGUCAUUAAUUAUACAGCGAAUAACACCUCACUGCCUUGCCAGUAUUUAGGUUUAUAUUUUGUAACAUAUCAAUUUAUAUUAAAUCCUUAGAUUUAGUUUGUAUAACUCAUUGUUUUAUUUUUAUUUUAGUUAGUAAGUUUAUCGUUUUUUUUACAAUAUAACCACUAUACACCACUUUAGCGAAUUUAAAUAUAUAUGAAGUUUUACUUGCAGUAUGAGUAUAUUUAGCUCAUUAGUUUUUUCAAUUCAGUGUUAAUUAUCAGUUUCAAAUGAAACGAUAUAUAAAUAUUAUGUGUUAUUGCCAUUGUAUUGGUAUGUAAUCCUAUUUCCAAUAAAGUGUUUAAGCA